AUGCGUUCCUCGUUCUUCGCUGUCGCUGCAGCAGUUGCUGCCGUUUAUGCUCAGGGAGCUCAGCCAGCCCCUUCUUCCACCGUCGUCGCAGACCCCGGCACUCUUCCUCUCGGCGCUGAGUGUGCGAACACCGAGCAAUGUGCUGGUGGAGCAGAGUGUUUCGCCUCUACAGCCUGGCUCAUCAAGUCGUGCGGAAAGUUCAACGCUGCAUGCAGCAAUGACUCUCAAUGCGCGACCAACACCUGUAACAAUGGACUCUGCAAUGGGUUCCUUGCUUCCUCUGCUUACCUCGCCAACACUGCUUCUACCACCGCUUCUGGCAUGAUGUCUGUUAUGCCUGUCCCCACUGGCUCCACCUCUUCUGCUUCGUCUGGCCAAAACAUUGCUUUGGGCAAGAGCUGCAAUGCCACCUCUCAAUGCGCCAAUGGCGCUGAAUGCACAGUCUCGUCUGCAUACCAAGAAGCCGCUGCUGGCAUGAUUUGCGGACCUUUCAACGCCACUUGCACGGAUUCUUCGCAGUGCAGCUACAACUCUUGCUUCAACUCGAGAUGUAUUGGUUCGGUUGGGUAUGAGUAUGCCACUUCCACUGCUAUUGUCUCUGGCAAGCCUAGUUUGGUUGCUGUCAAUGGCACUAGUGUGGGUACUGCUGGGGCUACUGGUGCUGCCAAGACUAUGGCGCCUAGUUCUACUAUCGUCCCUUACACUGGUGGUGCUGCUAAGGGUGGUGUUGUUUCUGGGGCUAUCGCUGCUGUUCUUGGUGGUAUUGCUUUUUGCUUUGAGUGUUAG